AACUUCAUUCCGUAGUUGGCAUGAACGUAGAACGUAAGGGUGUUGUUUAGUUUCGUUUUUCGAAAUGAUUUCAAAGGAAUCAAAGACAAUGACAAACUAUCCCAGUAGUUUAAUGUGAACAGAACAUUCCUGAACAGUUUUUAGGUAGUAAAAUUCUUCCAGGUUCCCCUGUUUAACCUAUACUGAUACCCAGUCAUCCAGUCAACACUCGACGACAAACCGGCAAAAAAAAAGCACCAAUUAUCUAAUCUGGCCCACAUUCCCGAUCGGACAUCUCGGUCUCCCGAAACACCACAAAGGACUCCAUUGAUCCCCUCAAGACAAUAUACAAUCAAUGAAUUAUUCAACUUACACCCGCCGCCCAUCAGAAAGAUGUUACGCGACCUUAACAGCAUGACAUAAGGUCAUCGACCAUGCAUUUCCCCGUUUAGAAACAUCAACGCGGCAACGUUCGACAUGUGGAAUAGAGAACUACUCGCCUACCGUCCCCAGUUGUACCACGUGAGCGCGUUUGCGAGACUUCGACUUACGAUCGCGACUUAACCUAAGCAGUCUUAACCUUAACACUACUCAAACCGACGGUUGUGAUCGUCUUCCAUCCAGUUUUCCAGAUUUACACCUAGUGGACAAUCGACUUCGAGAGUUUUUUUAGUGAUUUAUAAUGGUAACGUGAUGAAGUUUUGACAGUUCGUGGAAAAUGGAGGAGGACAACCCCUCCAGGAGGCUGAGCCAGGUGUUCGACCCCCUCUCCAGGUUGGGGGAGUUGACCAAGCUGUCGCAUUCUACCCCUUCGUCGCCUAGGUUGACGCCUAGGAGGCAUAGGGAUGGGGGCGGGGCUUCGUUUGACGUUUUGGAGUCGGGACCUAGCGGUAGGGGGGUCGAAGGUAGUGGUGGGGUGAAUUGGAGGGAUAGGUGCUUCGAGUUGCAGCUGGAGUUGCAGAGGAGUAGGGCGCAGGCUACUAGGAGUAGGGAUAUGCUGAGAGAAAAGCUUUCCGAACUGGAGCAGAGGGUGUUGGAGGCGGAGGGACGGGCCGAAGAGGCAGAGGAUAAGGUCCGAAUAAUGGAACAGAAACUGGCAUGGUCUCAGAAAAGCGACCCCAAUAACGUACAGAUCCACCGUUUAGAGGGCGAGAUUGAGGAGCAACGCCAGUUGAGACUGCACGACGCGCGACAGGUGGAAGCCAAGGCUGCCCGCAUCAAAGAAUGGGUUACCAAUAAGCUCAGGGAACUGGAGCAGCAGAAUCAGACGUUAAGAGAACAGAACAUCAAGUGCAAUCAACAGUUGGAACUACUCAGAAACCACUUGGCUUCUGCCGACAGGAGAAGGUCGGAGAGUUGCUCUCCAGAUAGGCACAAACUGCCCACCAGUAGCCUCAGUAACAAUCUCUUCCCCAGAAGUUCCAAACACAGAAGACACCAAUCGGUGUGCCUUUCCAGCAACUUCGAACCAGCGGUUCCAAGUGCCCUAGUUAGUAGUGUUAAUUUCGGCACCAGCACAUCCAGUAUGGACCCUCUAACGGACGACCUCAGGGCAGCCGUUGACAACUUAAGUCUAGGAAGGGUGCCGAGCAGUAGUGCUUCCGACCCUGAUUUAGCUCAUGACUAUGCCGAGAUAUAUACACCAAGCAGAGAGAAAGUUCCAUGGCCUAGAGCACCUACACCACCUCUGCAUAGGUUUCCCAGCUGGGAAGAUAGGAUAUACCAGGUAGCCGCAGAUGGCCUAACACUAACAGGCACAACCCCAAGCGACCUAGGGCCUGAACAAGCCGGCUACCAAGACAUUCCUGUUCCGGUCUACGCCACUGUAAAAGGAAGGGCCAGUCAAAUUCGCUCAAUGCCUUUCACCGGCGACUCAUCGGACGAUUCCAGUGACGGUGAAGGCAAUAACACUACGGCUGUGGAUGGCACCAAUACAAAUAGCAGAAGCUCUGGAGACACCUCAGGAUCAAGUCCUGGCAAAAGAACGGCCUCGAGUAGUAGUGGUUCUCCUAGUAAGAGCAAAACAAGAGGUGUUUCAGAUACAUCCUUCGAGUCUGGUAUGUCCGAUGACUACGCCGUACCACCAGACGCCCUGAGCUGUGAUACUGCCAGUUUGGAAUCUUCCAUGUUACUCAGAACAUCCUACCUGGACAGUCCCAAGAGGCUGGAGAGCUUGGAGAAGUCCGGAUCUUUGGCCAAGUUAGGAGGAAAGUUGAAGACGUGGCGAAAGAGGUGGUUCGUACUGAAGAACGGCACACUGACGUACUACAAGGGACAGAACGAUACGAAUAGGAAACCCCAGGGUCAGAUCAUCUUGGACGAUAUCUGUAAGAUAACAAGAGCGGAUGGAUCAAACACCUUCGAGAUCGAUACUGGCAAGAAGACGUACUACUUGACUGCUGACUCCUUAACGGCUAUGGAGGAUUGGGUGAGAGUCCUCCAGAACGUACAAAGAAGAAACGCAACAAAGAUACUAUUGAGCAGGGAAGAAAAUAAGCCUGCCGUGCAGGGGUGGCUAACCAAAGUGAAGAAUGGACACGCGAAGAAGUGCUGGUGCAUGCUGAUCGGCAAGAUGUUCCUAUAUUUCAAGGCUCCUUCCGAUCAGACACCGGCAGGUCAGAUAAACAUGAGAGAUGCCAGGGUAGAAGAGGUGGAACACAUGUCCGAUUCGGAUUCCGAAGAAAAGGACCAAGAACAGCCGGAUCUCACCAUCGGCAUAUUCCCGACCAAUCAGGGGCCUACCUAUUUGCUGUGUCCUGGAAAACAAGAAAAGGAUUCUUGGCUGUACCACCUGACUGUGGCCAGCGGUGGAGGUCCAAGCACGGGAACGCAGUACGAACAGCUCAUCCACAAGCUCAUGGAAGUGGACGGAGACCCGAAUUGCGUACUAUGGAGGCAUCCGGUGCUCCUCCACGUGCCUUGCAACAAAGACGGGGCAAUUCCUUCCUACUUCCCUCUCACUAAGUUACCAACAGAAGCUCUUCAGUCCGAGGCCAUUAAACUCUUCAAGUGUCUCCAGCUCUUCAUGUCUGCUCAAGUAGACCAAGCCGGUAUAGAUUAUCACGUGAUACUAGCUCAAAAUGCCCUUCAGCAAUGCCUCGACAUGCCCGAGUUGCAGGCAGAGCUGAUCUGCGCCCUCAUCAAGCAAACCAGCAAGAGUUCACCCCUUCCUAAGCUUGGAGUUCAGGUAUCAACUUCUAAGUUGCUUAAGAAAAGUCAAUUGCUCCUUUGCGCCACUCAAAGCCUAUUCACUUGCGAAACAACGCCCAGUAUAAAUAGCACAUCUGACCAACAAAUUGCCUCUUCCGCAAUACAGGCCUCGCAGGAGGAAAAGUACAAAGAGCACAAAGAGUGUUUCAAGGAGCACAAGGACACCAAAGGACCUCCCAGCUUCACAUUUUUGCAGGGCUGGCAAUUAUUAGCCUUGGCAGUCAGUCUAUUCGUGCCAAAGUCUUCUAGACUGUUGUGGUUCUUGAAGCAGCAUCUGCAGAAGAACGCUGAUAAUAGGACGGAGUGUGGAAAGUAUGCUUCUUACUGUGAGAGGGCUCUAGAGAGGACUAUUUUAACAGGUGGUAGAGAACUGAAGCCAUCUAGGAUGGAAGUCCUUAGCAUACUGCUGAAGAAUCCGCAACACCACUCUCUCCCACAUUCUAUGCCUAUCCAUCUUCUCAACGGCACCUACCACAUUACCAGCUUCGACGGCUCUACGACCAUCAAGGAAUUCCAAGAGAGUCUGGCAACAGAGAUAGGUUGUAGGAUAAACAACGGUUUCGCUAUUUUCAGUGACGACCCUAUAGAGAAAGACCUGGAACACACUCUAGACCCCAACGCCAAACUAUGUGAUAUCAUCUCCAAAUGGGAGAUUGCUCUUAGAGAGAAAGGUCUAGGGAAGUUCGAAAACACCAAGGUGAUACGACUGACGUACAAGAACAGACUUUGGUGGAAAAACAGUGCCAGAUUGGAGACGGAUAAAGAGAGAAUCCUACUUUGCUACCAGGUCAACAAGCAAAUAGUGGCUGGAAGGUUCCCAUUGAGUAGAGAACUAGCCUUAGAACUGGCGGCUCUGAUGGCUCAAUUAGAUUUAGGAGAGUGCGCUCUGGGCACCAAACAGAUGGCCACCAACAUCUCCCAGAGUCACCCGGGUACUACUUCCAACAAACACCAGAGCCCCAAAUCCAUCAGGGGUACUUUCAGCCCCCAAAACACCUGCUCCAACACCUUGAAUGCCUUGAGCAACGUGCAGAGCAUCCUCGCCGCUCAUUCCAACCAAGCUCUGACUGCCAUAGAUAAGUUCUAUCCCUACAGGUACAGGGAUCAGCUGAACCAAGAGGGUCUGGCCGAUCUGCAGGCGAAACUUCUGGAGAAAUGGAGGGGAUUGAAGGGGAGGACCCAGCUGGACUGCGUUCGGAUUUUCUUGACGUGCACGAGGAAGUGGCCCUUCUUCGGAGCAACGCUCUUCCAGGCGAAGCUAAAACAACCAGACUCCCCAAUGACAUGGAUGGCCGUCAACGAGGAUUCUAUCACAAUCCUCGACUUGGCGACCAUGCAGCAACGCACCAGGUACCCCUACACCAACGUCCUGACUUUCGGAGGAUGCCAAGAAGACUUCAUGCUCGUCGUGACCCAAAACGACCAACAGCCUUCCCAAAAACUCAUCUUCAACCUUAGCAAACCCAAGAUAUUGGAGCUGACCCUUCUAAUCGCCGACUACAUGAACUUGCUGAUCAACAACCCUGGUACACCCUUGCUUGGUACACUCAGUAGGGGUACCAUCGUCUCUGUGAACCAGUCCAUGGUGAAUCAGUCUGUUAUGAGUCAAACUGUGGCGAAUCAUAGUCAACCAGACAUCCUUAAGUCGACUCCUGACCACGGUGGGCUGCAAAGGACUGAUUCCAAGAGGAGAACGCACGUUGAUUCUGGCUUGGCAUGAUACAGACAUCCCUGCGUCAAAAAAUAGGACUGAUGCGUUUCCUUAGUCGAAGUGAAGCCAAUGUGCAGGUUCUUUCCUUAUUGUAAAUAGUUAAGAUCGCAAAUGUAUAUAUAAAGAUAGAGGUGCAGCUGAUUCCGAAGGGACUUUGUAUUUAACACUCGAUUUAUCGUAUUAGCCAUUAUUUAGAUGAAUAUAAUUUUUAUAUAAUGAAUGAAUACCUCUAGGAACUCUCAAGCUAACAAACCAACUAAUACUGGUGUUGUCAACAUCACUCCUAAUUAAAAUAGAAGGCGGUUUGGAGGAAUUGCAAAGAAUUUCCUUCAAACCUCCAGGAAGUCAUUAUGCAAACUUUUGUAUAGCUGAUUAUCGAUGUUCAAUUGAAUUUUGUACGAGAUUAAGUGAAGAAAAACACCAUCUAGUCCAUAUUUUGUAAUGUAUGCAUGUUUUGACAAUAGUUACCACAAUAAGAAUUUUAUCUACUUUGGAAGAUGUGAACUGUAUUUUUUUUACCUUAUACAGUAGUCCACGUUGAAUUAGAUUCAAUGAGUGAUAUGAUUUGUUCAUUUUCAUCUUAUGAUAUUAUUAAUUUAUUCGAAUAAAUGCCCAUUUAUAUUAA